AUGGAUUCCGACCUCGCGGAUUUUAUUUCCAAAGCGUACUCAAAGCUUGCGGAGGGAAAUGGAGGAUCACAGAGUGAAGGAGAGGUCCAGCAUCAGACAUCGCUUGACACAAUGGACACUUUGAAGAUGAGUCUGGAGCGAUUGAAGGCGUUUUGUUCCUCGGAACUAAACCCGGGAAAGAAUACAAAGGAGGGUGUAUUUGGUGCUUUGGAUAGCAAAGAUUCCGAUGCCGCUAAGAUGAAACUAAAAUUGGACGCACUGGCCGAGCAAACUGCUAAUCUUACAAUCCAGCUUUCAAAUCUUAAAGAUGCCUACUCCUCGAUGGAACACAGCACAGUAAAAGGCCACGAGAUGUUGAGAAUCAUCGGUCUAAAUAAUGCUGUUGACCACCUCCGAGUGCUUCGAACUGCUUUGCUAAGUAGACGAGAUCAAAGCCAUUUGGAGCUGGCCCCUCUUCACAACGAGCUGAACGCAGCUGCGACAACGAUCGAGACGUCGCUAACCAGAGCCCUCAAAAGAGCUCUGGUGAAGGUGGAGGCGAAUGAUCUAAAUUUGCAAAAGAAAUUGGAAGACUUGAGCGUUGAUAUGGGGAAAACACAAAAUAUCCUGCCAUCUAUACCAAACGUGCUUUCACUGCUUGACGACGAAAAGACAGACUUCAAAAAGAUUGUUGAGUUUCAAAAAACAUUCUCUGACGCUCAGACGAUGGUACAUACGGCGCAGGAGGCCUUAGCAAAUUUGAAAAUGGAGAAGUACAUUCUCUCGUUGCAGGGACUAACACAGAUAAGGAUUGCACUGGACAACUUUGACUUUUUCCUCCAAGGGGAACAGGCGGAUCACGGAGGCAAGGAGUCUGUGCAAAUGGAGGAGCUCUUCAAUCAAAUUGGUGUCAGACAUGGGAGCGCCGUGAUGACAGGUUUGGGCAAAAUUGACUCUGCACACGUGGUGGUAAUCUCAGUGCGUAUUGGAGCCUUGGUAUUUGACAAUGGCUCAACUGUGUAUCCUGGCCUAGCCUCUUCAUUCGCUACUUACCUUCUCUUCUUCGCUAGCUACGUUAAGUUCCACUCUUAUCCUGUGACCAACUCAUCUCUCUUUCCACAGAUUGGCAUUUCCUUGGUGGGAAAGAACCAGUCAUUGGUAGACUGGCUUGCAUCCUUCAUGGAAGUGUCACGCUGUGCAAUAUCUGCAGUGUGGUGCCAGUUAUGGCCCCACCUACGACUCGGCUUCCAAGCUGUGGCAAAGAAUCGUGUAUCGAGGUUGAGUAAGGGCUUUGACAUUUACAUGGCGAUUCUUGUGGUCUCAUCACCUCGUGAGAUUUGUGUCACUGGUGGGAAGAGGUGUGAUUGGAACAAGCAAUGCGUAAUGGGUGAUGAGACGCGGACCUUCCAUACCUCCACUAAUUUGCCACACUUUGGUUGGCACAGUAGUCAUGGUGGAGUCUGUGUCGCUCAGUCAUGGGCUCUGGUGGUGCACCAACUUGACACCAGACAAGGAAGUGGAAAGUCCUCUGCUUGA